AUGCCGCGUCCUGCUCCGAAACGAAACAGAUUGACCAAGGCGAAGGUCGCCAAUGCAACUGAACAACGCGACCAGCCCGACUCCAAUGCCGCCAAAUUGCCGCCUCCAGCGGAGCGCGCGUCCAGCGUGGAUCCUCGACCAACCCUCCGAAGCCAAACACCCUUGACCAAAACCAAUGAGCAAGCAAUCGAGUCCUCCCCUACUGGUGACCAUCCAGGCACUGGUAGUCGUCCUGGGACGGGCAGUCGGCCCCCUACGCGAUCCCGCGGCUACUCAUCUACAUUAUCCUUCGCGGGGCGCAAAGGUGACACGAGCUCGCGCAUUCCCGGUACACCUGGUUUUGAGAGCUCCAUGCUCAGCAAUUUCCGGCGACGCCCGCGACAGCAGAGUAUCCUACAGAUGAUGCAGGCAGAGGAUGGCUCGUCCGACCUCGACGAGGAAGACUUUCUCGGCGGACUGAGCCCGGCGGAUGAAUCUACACCACUGCAUCUUUCUCGAGGCAAGUCGCUGUUGAUCAGACAGGGCGAGCAGUCACAGUCCCCAUCUGAAUCCCUGCCAUCCUCUGGCGGGUCACGCAAGCGCAAGCGCGCUGAGCAAAUACAAGUACCCCAGUCCCCUUCCGAGGUGGUCGCCGACACCAUCGAGGACACCCCCAGUGCCACACCCGUUCCUCGCGAUCUGACGCCCGAUGCGCCCGAAGAGACACCCCGGCCUUUACGCUUCCCUGAAGUCUUCAGUCAAACAAUGCUUCCUCCCGAUAGCAGCCCACUGGGCUCUAACGCGACAGGCCUUCGGUCGCCCAGCGUUGUUUCCCAGCAAGCCCUGGGGGCCAAGAAGUCUAGAGACCCAGCUCACUUGUCCACCGCCGCAUUACAAGACAAACUUCUCCCCCGGCGACGACAGGGUCGCCGCAAGCACCGAUCCGCCGGCGAGUUUGAUGUUCCCAGCGACGAGAGUGAUGAUGGCAUGCAUGAUGCAGCCUCUGGCGAUGACGAUGAGUUGAGCUACCUGCUUGUGAGGAGGUCCAGGCGGGGUGGAGAGACAAGCAAACCAAAGCCCCUGGGCAAUGCUCGCGAUAAGACUAAGCUCAACAAUCAGAAGCAAAAGAAGAGCAGGGCCAAGUCAGCGCAGCCCGCGAAACCGGCGGACACACAAGAGCCGGCUGCGUACUCGCGCGCGAGUAAAACCGGAGAUAUCGACAAGGAGAACGAGUUGCUUCUAUCGUCACCAUCAUCUUCGCCCUUGUCAUCUCCGCCUGAUUCAGAGGCGUCGGAGUCAGAAGCGGAAGUUGAACCGCGUCGCUACAUGAGUGCAGAGUUGCGCGCCGCGGCGAAGAAGUUCGCUGAGGUCGAUAAGUGGCAGAUGGAGUUCGAGGAAGUGUCAGCGUCGGAGGCAUAG